GUGAACAAUGGCAAGCCUGAAUUUCUACUUAUGCCUUGCCUUGGUUUUCCUCAUCGUUUCUAGGUCAGAAAGUCGUCCCCUGGACCCCAAUCUAGAGAGGAAGAAUAUGACUAGCAUAUUAUUGAGACAAUUGCUUCAAAGAUCAAAAGAACACAAGUUAAGGUUUCAAGAAGAUGAUGCUGUGGUUGUUGGAAGCCAUUCCCACACAAUGCGACGAAGUCCUGGAGGACCCGACCCUGCUCAUCACUGAAACUGAAUCAAUCUUGAAAAAUAUUCCAUGGGAAACUUGAAAUGCAGAACACAUAAGAUUUGUAAUUCCUCUAUUUGAUUGUGGAGGAUUAGUUUGAAGUGCAGGUACUCCAGAAAAAUGCUUCUCUGUAUUCUAGUUAUAUGCAAGAGAGAAGUUCUUUUCCAUA